AUGCUUCGAUUUCGUCGGAAGGCCUAUUACUUUGACCUACUACAGGUAACAUUGCUUGGAUUAAAACUUGACUGGGUAUCGACUGGAAUUCGUCGUGCUGAGACGAUGAAGGUGCUUCUCGAUGCUGGGGCCGAUAUCGAGGCGAGGAAUUCGCUCGAGCACACGGCACUGCAGUGUGCCGUACUCGCAGGCCACCUCGGCACAGUGCGUCAGCUGCUUGACAAGGGUGCGGCCAUGGAGAACAAGGACGACAAGAGUGACCCGACUGCCUUGCAUUUAGCGUCGGCACUGGGCCAUGACGCGAUUGUACGCCUGCUACUGGAGCGCGGCGCCACUGUCGGCAGGAGGGACGAGCACGGUAGGACCGCCCUCGAUCUGGCUGUCGAGCACGAUCACAGAGAAGUGGCUUAUGCGCUUUUGGAAUCCGAAGAUUGGAAGAGUAUCAUGUCACCUGUGGAUGAAUUGCCAAUCGGGCGGCACAAUAUAGCGAGAGAUACUCCGUUGAGGAAGCUCAUCCGCAAAUAUCCUGAACUCGCCGGAAAGGUAUUCGACAAAUGCAUCACGUACGACGAAGAGAAUCCAAAAAGUCCAUGUUUUUUCUGCGAAUACGAUUUCACACUUCUGGACGACACAUACAUGGUGCCCUCGAAAGAUGGAACAAAGCUGCUGUCAACAGUGAGCCCGUACAAGGCUGAUGGAACUCUCAGGCAAGGCGCAAAAGCCUACUCUGACGACUACGACGUCGUCUACAAAAAUCAUCCGCUCAAAAUGAUGGCGAAAUGUGAAGUUCUUCUUUCACAUCCGUUGGUUUUAGCACUGCUAAAGCAUAAGUGGAAUAAUCUUGGCCGAUACGUUUACUACUUCGCGUUGGCCAUCUACUUGCUGUUCCUGUGCGCGUACACGUUGUACGUUACGCACACACCGGCUCCAUUCAACGUCUACGACGAAGAUCGCGGCGAGUUGGUCGAUCUGACGGCAAUUCUAGUCAGUGGAGAGCCCGAGUGUCCCAGAAUCAAGGAAUUACCUCUUUAUUUAGAUGUUUACUUUUUCAUACACAAUGGAGCUGCACUCUUUGAUAUGAACUAUCCACAUUAG